UUUAAAAGAAUGUAAAAUGUCUCAUGAUGGAUGUUUUCUGCUGAUUCUAUGUUGAUACUAUUUGGGGCUAAAUAUUAAUUCAUUUCACUUUUUACUUUUAAAAAUAUGACAGCUGGGAAUUUUGAAAUUGCACAUGUGGCUCACAUUGUAUGUCUAUGGGACAACACAGCUCUGAGACAGAUCUGAGGGCGAAUGAUGGCCUCCCACCCGCCUCCCUAUGUGCUUCGGGCAAGCUGAGUAACCUGGCUGAGCCCAGCUAAUAUCCUAAUAGCACCGAUGUUGUAGAGCAGACAGGGGGAAUAAAUAAGAUCAUAAGUUUAAAUUACUUAUAGCAGGGUGAGGAAUACCAUCAUUGUAAAUAAUGCCGGCUGUUAUUUUUCUUUCUCCUCCCCCACACGGAGUACAUUCCAACCCCUUUGGAAGCCUCUGGCAGGCUGAUUGGGGCAUCACUGGUGAAGUUACUUGUGCCAUGUUCCCCACCCCCAGGGCACUACGCCCUUAUCUGGGUCUCCACACUCCCCUGGAUUGGCUGAUACCUCCAAUCUCCCUGGAGCCAGCUGGUCAUAUUGCAGGGAGGCUGGGGUGGCAUCACUGCACUGGGACCCACUCUCCCUCCUGCUCCCCAAAGAACAGCCCCUUCCAACUGUGGAUGGUUAAGAUACGACCACUUUCUUUCUACCGCGAGUGUCUCUGGAUGGACGGGAAGGAGCAGCGACCCCCAGGUCAUGAGAGUAACUGAGGUCAUCUCUGGAAUGUUGUGACCCCAUCCUCCCGCUCUUUCUCUGUCUCUGCUGUUGGAGGGUGUGUGUCUGUUCCUUUGGGAGGGGGCUAGCAGAACCCUGGCUGCCAGGAUGCAAGUGGGUGCCUUGCCCUUGUGUGCGCGUGCGCGUGUGUGCAACCAUGAAGGUGUCAGUGGGUUUGUAAAAUGCCCCUGUGACCGGCGGUGUGUGCUUGUGGGUGUGUGAGUGUGUGGUGUGUGUCCUCAUUGUUCUCUGGGCCCUUCCCCCCAACCCAAGCAGAGAAGGUGACCUUGAAGAGGCCACGAGCGCAGCAGCGCCAUGGCCUCGGCUGCCUCAGUGACCAGCCUGGCCGAUGAGGUCAACUGCCCCAUCUGCCAAGGGACCCUGAGGGAGCCGGUCACCAUCGACUGUGGCCACAAUUUCUGCCACUGCUGCCUCACCCGCUACCUUGAGAUCCCCGGCCCAGACCCCGAGGAGCCCCCCAGCUGCCCACUCUGCAAGGCGCCUUUCCGCCCAGGGAGCUUCCGGCCCAACUGGCAGCUGGCCAGCGUGGUGGAGAACAUCAAGCGUCUGGAGCUGGCGUCCAGGCUGGGCUCAGAGGAGGAGGACAUCUGCCAGGAGCACGGGGAGAAAAUCUACUUCUUCUGCGAGGAUGAUGAGAUGCAGCUGUGCGUGGUGUGCCGGGAGGCCCCGGAGCAUCGCUCCCACACCGUGCGCUUCCUGGAGGACGCAGCGGGGCCCUACAGGGAACAAAUACAGAAAUGUCUCGAGUGUCUAAGAAGAGAGAGAGAGGAGAUUCAAGGAAUCCAAUCAAGAGAAAAUCAAAGGACACAAGUCCUCCUGACUCAGGUGGCCACCAAGAAACAAAAGGUGAUAUCUGAGUUUGCACAUCUGAGCCAGUUCCUGGAAGAACAGCGGAACAUCCUCUUAGCCCAGUUGGAGAGUCUGGAUAGAGACAUCUUGAAGCAACAGGAUGAGUUUGAUGUCCUGGUCACUAGGGAAAUCUGCCGGUUUAGCACCCUGAUCGCAGAACUGGAGGAGAAGAACGAGAGGCCGGCAAGGGAGCUCCUGACGCAUAUCAGAAGCACUCUAAUAAAAUGUGAAACCAGAAGGUGCCGGAAAACAGAGGCUAUAUCCCCUGAGCUGGGCCAGAGGAUUCGGGACGUCUCCCAGCAGGCUCUGCCUCUGCAGAGGGAAAUGAAGAUAUUUCUGGAAAAAUUCUGCUUUGAGUUGGACUAUGAGCCAGCUCACAUCUCCCUAGACCCCCAGACUUCCCACCCCAAGCUUCUCCUGUCUGAGGACCACCAGCAGGCUCGGUUCUCCUACAAAUGGCAGAACUCUCCAGGAAACCCCCAGCGCUUUGACCAGGCCACCUGUGUCCUGGCCCAUGAUGGCUUCACAGGGGGGAGACACACGUGGGUGGUGAGUGUAGACUUGGCUCACGGGGGCAGCUGCACGCUGGGUGUGGUUAGUAAGGACAUCCGGCGGAAGGGGGAGCUUCGGCUGCGGCCGGAGGAGGGGGUGUGGGCCGUGAGGCUGACGUGGGGCUUCAUCUCGGCCCUGAGCUCCUUCCCCACACGCCUGGCUCUGGAGGAACAGCCCCGGCAGGUGAGGGUGUCUAUUGACUAUGAGGUGGGCUGGGUAAUCUUUGUCAAUGCUGUCACCCGAGAGCCCAUCUACACCUUCACUGCCUCCUUCACCCAGAAGGUCUAUCCCUUCUUUGGGCUCUGGGGUCGAGGGUCCAGUUUCUCCCUGAGCUCCUGAGAGAGUCAGCUACCCUCCCCAAAACACGAGACUCCAGAGAAAGGGCCUAACGACUUGACCCUGACUGGGUCACCUGAAAGAUUUGGAACAGUAAUUACACUUUAGGUGAUGUGAUAGAGUCAGGACUUUGGCAAGGGACAAGGUGGGAUGACCUUCAAUCUGCUGAUCAAACCCUUUCCACAAUGCCCAGUGGAUGGAACUCAGACCACUGCCCGGCCGGCCUCCCCACCACCAUCCCCACCUGGCACAGAAGCAGCUGUGUAGAGGAAGGAAUACUAGAUUUGGAGCUGGAAGACUUGGGGUCUAGACCCAGCCUUGUAAUCAACUAAUCGUAUGAUCUUAAACUAGGCCUCUCACCUCUCUUCAUCUUGUUUUCUCCCCUAAAUAUUAGGGUUCUUUUACUCAAAUCCUUAAGAAACAUUUACUGUGUGCUAAUUAUGAACCAAGCAGUAUGGUAGCCAUUUGUGAAAUGAAAAAAACAAAACAAAACAAAACAAAAAACUUGUUCUGAAUGAGAAGGAGCUCAUGAGAAAAGGCAGAGACAUAGGAGGCAAGGACAGCACAGUGUGAUGGGCGCUGCGACAGGGGUGUUAGGGAAGCCCAGAGGAGGCAGGAGGUCAGUCAGGAAAAGAUGAGUUUAAAAAAUGAGUGUGGUAAAUGAUGCAAGGAGUGGAAGAAGCAUCUUAGGAAGAAGGGACCGCAGAGAACUGGCUGGAUGAUCUGUAUGAGACACAGGGUCACAUUCAUUGUCCUCAUGAGCAGAUGCGCUGCCACCCCCACCCCGGACACCACUCAAUGCCUCACUCAUCCUAGUGGUGUCACUUCUGGCUGAGAUGAAAGUGCAGGGCCUUGGUGGGGAGGGGACAGGGGAGGCAUGGCCAUAAGCCACAGCCCAAGGACCUCACUUGACCCCCAGGGAAAAUCUUCUUCCUGAUCUGUUGCUCACCACCUGAGGCUGACAAAUGAGGUGAAAGGAGUGAGAUGGUGGGAAGGAAUGAGUCCCAGAUAGCCCGGUUCGGGGCACAGAAAUAGCACCAUUGUAAGCUUCGGGCUGGGCGAUAGACUGCCGGGUGGAGGCAGGGGGUGAACUGGGUGAGCUGUGACUUUCAGCCCAAAGCAUUGGGGCUGCUCUAGGCCUGGACAAGAAGUGCCAUCUGAGGGUUGAGGCAAGAGAAGGGGGACAAUUAAGGAUUUGUAGAAGGUGUGUGGAUUUGGGGCAGAGAGCUGGAGGAGAGCAGGUGGUACUGGCCAGAAGCUGUACCCAUGGGUGGCAUGUAGAAACUGAGCACCCCUGCCUGGUGCUCGAAAUCCCCCUGCCUGGUGCUGAUGCUGGGACAGGAACAAGCACUGACACAUGGCUGCCUGGAAUUUGUAAAAUUUGUAAAAUGAUUUCCAUUGUCCCAAGGAAUUGUAAACCCUACGCAAAAUAAAAGCACUGUCUUACCUUA